AUGCUUCUAUCAAAUUCGAAAAUUGAUUAUUCAUCAGCACGACGUGGACCAACUGUUAAACUAAGUGCACAAAUACAAGGAGCCAGCAAUCCGACGACAAACAUCAUGCCGGCAUCAACGUCUUUGCAAGAUAUUAACUCGCAUACUCAGAAAUACAAUUGGAAUAAGGAUCAACCAAUGAUUAAUCUAACCGAAAGUUUGUUAACAUCAAAAAGCAAUCCGAGUAGUCGACCUAAAACAUUUUCUCAAAGCAAUGAUCACAUCUUCGAACAUCCGGAAAUCACAAUCAAACCUUCGAGAACUGAUGACAGGGCGAGCCGACGUUCACUUGUAACAACGAAACCAAUGACACAUUAUGAAAGUAAUGGAGGAAGUGUACCAAAUAUAUUAGAACAUCCUGACAUGAAAACGCCCAUUGUUAUGGAAACUCAACAAGUAUCAUUGUCAUCGUCUUCAUCGUCGACUCCAUCAAGUAGUCACCAUAAUAAUAGAAAAAUAAUAAGACAACAGUCUGCGGAUGUCUAUGCGACACUGACUCGAACAGUGUCACCUGCCAGUCGUAAUCAACAUCAAACGAAUGCUGCUCCUAAUCAAAGACGAACAGAUUCACCUGGAUCAGCCAUCGACAAUAUUAUGGAAAGUCCGGAACAAGAAAAGAGUGAAGAUAGCAGUUCAUUUUCACUUCCACCACCUGCUACAACAACAGGCGCAACAAAAGCUCCAGUUCAAAUCGUUCGUGAAUAUUCUGGAGUCAGUUCAGCAUCGGAUGUUGAUCGAACUGGUAAACAUUCCGAGAAAACCAAUAAACCACAAUCGGAAGAAGACGAUUUUUGGUGA